AUCAAAAUGGCCGACUGACUAAAUUGUUGUCCGGCGAGUUUGUUUUGAAGGAAAAACACUCGCAUACCUUCUAAAGUUCACAAUUAACCACGAUAUUAUCAAUUAUGGCGGUCGCCGAUAUUGUGUCAUUUUAUGAACUAGAGACAUUCGGAGGAACGUCCGUAUAAAUGUGGAGUACCGUGUGUUUACGAGUCGAAACUGUGAUGGCUACCUUCGCCAGCAAAGCUCGAGUGCCUGUACCUCCUGGGCCAACCCGUCCAAAAUCAAGUGUCGUAAGACAAACUAAAGGGUCAACUCGGGAAGUGCGCUCUACAGCUACAACUCCGACAAAUAAAAAGAAUAACCUGACAGCAGUGGCUGGACACAGUAAAUCAGACAGCAAUAUCUCAGCUGCAUUUCAUAAAUUAAAAUUGCAAGACAAUAAUCACAGAAGUGUUGCUGUUUCUCAGACAAAGAGGACUUUGACCACCACAAGAAAAAGUAAAAGCACUGACUGCAAUACUAUUGAAGAUAUAGCACGGUUUAUUUUAAAUAAAAGAUGUAAAAACAUAGUAGUCAUGGCAGGUGCUGGUAUCAGCACUCCCAGUGGAAUACCAGAUUUCAGAACCCCAGGAACAGGUUUAUAUGACAAUCUAAAAAAAUACAGAAUACCAUAUCCUGAAGCUAUUUUUGAUAUUGAUUACCUUCUACGAGAUGCUCGACCGUUUUUCACCCUUGCCAAAGAAUUAUAUCCUGGCAACUACUCACCAAAUUAUGUGCAUUACUUUGUGCGGAUGCUACAUGAGAAGGGAUUGUUACUGAGAAUGUAUACUCAGAAUAUAGAUGGACUAGAAAGAUUGGCAGGAAUUCCAGCAUCUAAAUUAGUAGAAGCUCAUGGUACUUUUGCCACAUCUUCCUGUGUAAGAUGUAGAUUGAAACACAGCAGUGAUGAAAUCAAGGACAAAAUCAUGACUGGUAAAGUACCACGUUGUAAAGCACCUGUGUGUACGGGCAUUGUCAAACCUGACAUUGUGUUUUUUGGUGAGGAUUUACCCAAAAGGUUUUAUUAUUACCUGAAAGACUUUCCACAGUGUGAUUUAUUGGUUGUCAUGGGAACAUCCUUAGAGGUUUAUCCAUUUGCUGGUAUUGUCGACUCAACCAGGUCAUACAUACCAAGGUUGCUCAUCAACAUGAAUGCUGUUGGGCCGUUUGCAAGAAAUUCUAGGUUCAAUGAUGUAGUUGAAGUCGGUGACAUUGUGGAAGGUGUUAAAAAAUUUGCCAGGGUUUUAGGCUGGAAGAAAGCUAUGGAUGAUCUUAUUAUAGAACAGUGUGAGAACAAAAAGGAUGAAGACAAUAGUAAAGUUGAGAGUGACGAAGCCAGUAUGAGUAGCACAACUGGAAUAACUAGUGAAAACAACCAAGGUGUGAAUAAAGAAAAUAACAAUGUGAAAAAUGGAGUUGUAGAACCAUCAUCAAAUGUCAAACAUUGUGACAGUUCAGUCAAGGAUCAAGCAAAUGCACCUGUGACUAGUAAGAACUCUGGAAUUGAAACCAAACUUACGAGCCAGACCAAUCCAACUCGUAAAGUAUUACCUAAUUCAUCAGCAGGACCAUCAUCAACACAAAAUCGAACUUACGGAACUUCUGCGUCGUCUGCUAAGAGGUCAGCUGUAGUUCAAGAAAGCGUAGCAGAUUUAAGCUUGGGGAGAAAUGUGUAUUCCCAUACUGUUAAGAAUAAAGUGACUUUACCAAAGAUAUCAACGCAUCAAUCAAAGAGAACGUUCAACUACGUGAGUAAUGGACAUAGGGUUAAAUUAGCACCACCACACUCUUCGUCAAGUAGUAGCGAUAGCGAGGAUAGUUCUUCCACUACUUCUUCAGACUAAA